UCUCUGCUGACCACACCUUCAUCUCCUUGCAGCACCAGGUAACAUCUUCAUCAUCACCUUCUUUAUCUUCAUCAUCACUUCUCUGCUGACCACACCUUCAUCUCCUUGCAGCACCAGAGUCCUAGCACCAUGUGUGAUGACGAUGAGAGCACCGCCCUGGUCUGCGAUAACGGAUCCGGUCUUUGCAAAGCUGGAUUUGCUGGAGACGACGCCCCCAGAGCCGUCUUCCCUUCCAUCGUGGGACGGCCUAGACACCAGGGUGUGAUGGUAGGCAUGGGACAGAAGGACAGCUACGUAGGAGACGAGGCUCAGAGCAAGAGAGGAAUCCUCACACUCAAAUAUCCCAUAGAACAUGGAAUCAUCACCAACUGGGACGACAUGGAGAAGAUCUGGCAUCACUCUUUCUACAACGAGCUGCGAGUGGCACCUGAGGAACAUCCCACUCUCCUCACUGAGGCUCCACUCAACCCCAAAGCCAACCGCGAGAAGAUGACCCAGAUCAUGUUUGAGACCUUCAACGUGCCUGCCAUGUACGUGGCCAUCCAGGCUGUCCUCUCUCUCUACGCCUCUGGACGCACUACAGGUCACUUCUUACCUACCUCUGCACUUAACUAA